AUGGUGUCCAGGUUCGGGAGUGAGGAGCCCACCACCUUUUCAGCUGUUCUCACCACUCGCUGCAGGUCCUUCUUUUCAGCAGCUGUGCAGGCUCCAUACCAUGAUGUACAGCAGUACGUUAGAACGCUUUCGAUGGUGCACCGGUCCGAGUUCACUUCUUCGCUUCGUGUAACUCGAGUAGAUCACGUGACCCCGGGUGAACGAUGGAGCGGGACGACCUUUGACCUCCUGACCCCGGCCGUCUCCCAGGAUCAGUCUGAGAAGUGUAAACGAACUGAACUCUGUUGGACGAAGCGGACGGACACCAUCUCUGCCCCGGCCGCCUACCUCUGCUCCGUCCUGCCCGGGUCCAAGUCUCCUUCACGCUCGCCCCUGAUGCCCUCCCGCAUGCCGCUCGGAGGAGGAGGAGUAGGAGGAGGACCCCACGUGGGAGGAGGGGGAGCGCCGGGGUUCCAGGCGGUGCCCCUGUCCCCUCACUCCCCCCCGUCCCCCCUCUCCCCUCAGCAGCAGCAGCAGAACCUCCAGAACCUGAGCAGAGUGCAGCCCAGCGCCGUGUCUCUGCCCGCCGCGUACAAGCCCACGCCCUCCAUUUUGCCGAAGCCCAUCCUGAAGAAGACCAUCGCCCCUCGUCCGUCCUCCGCUCGCUCCACGGAGGAGGACAUCCAGGGCUCCAAGGACGCCCUGAUCCAAGACCUGGAGAAGAAGCUCCGGUCCAAGGAGGCGCGCAGGAGGACCAGCCAGAAACUGUCCUAUGAGGAGAGGAUGGCUCGCCGGCUGCUGGGGCCCGACAACGCCACCUACAUGUUCGACCAGGAACUGUCCGACUCCCUGGACCAGCCAGAUUCUCCAGAGGGACGACACACUGGAGGACUCUGGGGGCGACACCACUCCGGAUCGGACGAGAAGGCAAACGAAGGUCCGGCCAUUCAGGAGAAGUGCUACGCUCCGAGGUUCCUCCAGAUCCCCCAGGACCUGACCGUGGAGGAGGGCAGGUUCUGCAGGAUCGACUUUAAGGUGGGCGGUCUCCCCACUCCAGACGUGAGCUGGUACCUGGACGGUAAAGCCAUCCGCCCCGACGACUACCACAAGAUGUUGGUGUGUGAGAAAGGGCUCCACUCCUUCAUCAUCGAGAUCGUCACCGUGCACCACGCCGGAGUGUACGAGUGUGUGGCACGAAACAGAGCCGGAGAGAGCAGGUUCAGCAUGAGGCUCGACGUCAUAGCUCAGGAAGCCCUGCGCCCGCCCGCCUUCGUGCAGAAGAUGUUGAACUCCCGAGCUCUAGAGGGCGACUCUGUGCGGUUAGAGUGUAAAGUGGACGCCUCUCCUCCUCCUCAGCUCUUCUGGAAGAAGGACAAAGACAUGCUGCGCAUCGACCCCAACCGCAUGAGUGUUCCGCCCGUGAAGUCGGCGCCUCCGGCCUCCAAGACGCUGAAGCUUCUGUCGUCCCUGAGCCACGUCCCCGUCAGCGGCGCCGAGGAGGGCAAAGGUCAACACACGGCCCCGCUGUACGAGAGCGAGGAGCUGUGA